UUUUAUUUUUAAUAAUAUUUAUUUAGAUAUACAAAAUCUCUAUUCUAUACAAAUAUUGUAUUCAUUUAUUCUGAAAAUUAUAAUUAUACAAAUAUAGAAUAAAUAUAUAUUAUAUAUUCAUACAUUAUAUACAAUAAUGUAUCAAUCGUAAUUUAUAUUAUGAAUACUUUAUUUAUAAUAUAAACAAAUAUAUUUUUAUUUUAUAUUUUUUGAUUUUAUAUAUUCAUUCAUAAAAUCAAUAUUUCAACAAUAAUUUGUCACUCUCCAAAAAUGAGUUCAAAAUGAGUAAUAAAAUUCAUUAAAUUAGAAACAUGUUAAGUUCAUAAUAAAAAGUUGAAAAAUAUUUAAUUUCUAUUUAUAAACAUUAAAUUAAAUUCGAAUAAUGUUUAAAAAUAAAAUAAAAAAGACAUAAAUGAAAAAUUAACACAAAAGAAUAUCUAAUAUAAGUAUUUUAUAUUAUAUAUAUAUAUAUAUAUAUAUAUUAUUUUGAUCAUAUUAAAUGAUUUUAAAUAAUUCAAAUUCAUUUUAUGUUAUUCUCAUUUAAUAAAAAAUAUUAACUUUUAAUAAAUUACAUAUAUAUCUAUAUAAAACAAAUAUAUAAAACAAUUUUUAAAUACGAAAUGUAAGGUUAACUUUAAAUUUUUCAACUUUCUAUAUAUAGUUAGAACAAAGAUGUAUUAAUUAUAAGAUGUCCAUUUCAAUAUUUGAUUAUGUUACUUUUAAUUUUUAUUCAUAGUAUUUUUUUCAAUAUUCAAAUAUUUAUUUUGAAGAUAUAUUUACUUGAAAAUAUUUAAUAUAAAUUUAAAAAUAUAUUUAAUUAUGAUUAGUUAGAUAUUAAACUUAUAAGUUGUGUGUUGUGUGUGUGUGUGUGUGUGUGUGUGCGUGCGUGCGUGCGUGCGUGUGUGUGUGUGUGUAUUAACUACAUUUAGAAAUAAGUUUAAAAAUGUAUUUUUUUUAUUUAUAGUAUUGAAAUUCAUUGAAUAAAAAAAUUAAAAUUAUUGAAUAAGGAAAUUAAAAUUAUUGAAUAAAAAAAUUAUUGAUUUGAUUUAAUUACACAUUUGUACAUAUGUAAAUAUAUUUUAAUAUAAAUUCAUUUGUUUUUAUUUAUAAAAUAAAAUAAAAUAAAAAUGAAAUUGUCCGUAAAUUAUAUUAUUUGAUCAAUUUAAUUUUUUAUAAUAUACGCCGUUUCAUAAAAUAAUAAAACUAAUGUACAUACAACGCCCUCUAGAAAAAAUAAUUCAUAUUUAUUUCUUCAAUAAAUAUCGUUGAACGAAUCUUCUCGUUUCGUCGACGGAAGUAUACUCGUAUAUCAAUUUGCGAAUCAAUAAUUUCUACAUACAAGCAGUAAUACUAUAUACAUAGAAAGAAAUCAAAACAAAUAUAAUUUAAAAACAACAAAUAAAAUUAAAAGGCAUUAGAAAAUUUAAAAAAAUGCAAAAGAAAAUUUAAUUUAAUCAUUAUGGAAUUUCUUUUAGAUUGCAAAGAAAUUCCGGAAGUUGAGUAAAGUAAGAAGAAAGUCGCCAUUUUGUGCUCAUUGAGAAGGAUAAAGACUUCGUGAAUGACGGCUUGAUUCAAGCUGAAUAAUUUUCGUGUAAUUAUUGUUCCUUUGUUUUUUCCUUCGCCAUUUGUUCGGCUUUGCCGUGUUAAACAGCGUUGAUGAUUGGGAUUCCGCGUGACGAUCGACAUAAGAUCACGGUUAAAAUCCGCAACAAUAUGAAACGGAGUUCUAGUCGUGACACUCCUCCUCCACGCGUCAAAAGAAGCAGAUCAUCGAUGGGACGAUAUGAUGAUUCCAGUGAUGAACGAAUAACACCUGAAAGAAUUCGUCGACGUAGUAGAGGUGCAAGAAGUCCUAGUCCUCCAACACGUGCCUCUUCUCAUGCUCGUUAUGUAGAAUCAAGUUCUCAUAGAGAUGAUUACUUAAGAGCACCCAGAGAAUUACCUGCAGAACGUCCAUAUAGCUAUAAAGUACUUUGUAUCAGUUCAAUUCACCCAAAAGCAAGUGAUGAAGUGAUAAAAGAUACUCUUUACAGAGAAUAUAAAAAAUUUGGAGAUUUUUCUAUUAGAAUUUCUCAUGAAUUAGAUGAACGUGUUGCAUAUGUUUGCUUCAGAAGUUCAGAAGAUGCCAGAGAUGCAAAGCAUGCAAAACCAAGAAUUAUUAUGUAUGAUAAAGUGGCACUUGUUGAACCAGUUUAUGAAAGACCUGAUACUUAUCGUCGUCCAAGAUCAAUAACACCUCCUGAUUAUGAUAGAUACUAUGCUAGAAGUCCUGGUCCAACAGAUAGACAUAGACCUUUAGAAAGAUAUGAAAGAGUUUAUGGACCUCCAGUUGGAUUGCCACCACCACAUAGAGAAAUGAGACGUGAUGCAAUUCCUCCUCCUCAUCAUGAAUUUGUUAGACCACCAAUUCAUCAUGGUCCACCUCAUGUUCAUCCUGGUCCACCUCAUCAUUAUGGUCCUCCAAGACAUAUGAUGAUACGACAUCCAGUUCAUGGAUUUGAACGAGUGGAAAAUAAAAAAGAUAAAUUUCCAAAUUACUUACAUCAUGUUUCUCCAGAAGAUGAUCCACUAGCAACAAGAACACUUUUUGCAGGAAAUUUAGAAAUUAACAUUACAGAAGAGGAAUUAAGAAGAAUUUUUAGUAAAUAUGGAAUUGUUGAUGAUAUUGACAUUAAAAGACCUCCACCAGGCACAGGAAAUGCUUAUGCUUUUGUCAGAUUUCAGACAUUAGAUAUGGCACAUAGAUGUAAAGUUGAACUUUCUGGACAAUACAUAGGAAAAUUCCAAUGUAAAAUUGGUUAUGGAAAAGCUACACCUACCACAAGAAUUUGGGUUGGUGGUUUAGGUCCAUGGACUUCUGUACCACAAUUAGAAAGAGAAUUUGAUCGAUUUGGAGCAAUAAAGAAAAUUGAUUAUAUUAAAGGCGAUAGUAAUGCUUAUAUUCUAUAUGAUUCAAUUGAUGCUGCACAGGCUGCUGUAAAAGAAAUGAGAGGAUUUCCUCUAGGUGGUCCAGAUAGAAGAUUGAGAGUCGAUUUUGCAGAUGUGACACCAGGAUUUGGAUUUAAACCAAGACCUUAUCCAGAAGAAAGUGGAGAAUUUAGACCAAGACCAGUAGAUUAUGAACCUUCUUAUGAUCCUUAUCCACCAGACAGUGAUUUUGGUUAUGGACCAAGAGGAUUUAGAGGUAGAGGAUCUGCUCCAUGGCAUGAAAGAAGAGGUGGAGGAAGAGGUGGUUAUCGUGGAACUUAUCCAGAAAGUUAUAUGAGAGAAGAAGCUGAUUGGUCAAGUCGUAGACCACCUCCAGAAUUAGAAUAUGAAACACCAAGAAGUUUACGUCGAUCUUUAUCAAGAGAACCUGGUGUAGAUAGAUCAAGAUCAAGAUCUCCCCGAAGAAGACAAAUUGAUUCUGAUUCAGAUUCAGAGAAUACUCGUAGUGGAAUGCUUUCUACUUCUAGAACAUUACCUGAAGUAGCAAGAAAAUCAAUAGCAGUUUGGCAAGGAGCAUUAAUUUUAAAGAAUUCUCUGUUUCCAGCUAAAUUCCAUUUAACUGAUGGUGAUACAGAAAUAAUUGAGGCCUUGAUGAAAGAUGAAGAUGGAAAACAUAUGUUGAGAAUUACACAAAGAUUACGUUUAGAUCAACCAAAAUUAGAUGAUGUAUCAAAGAGAAUUCAAACUUCUAGCUCACAUGCUAUUUUCCUAGGAUUAGCUGGUUCAAGUACAGUUAUAUCUACAGAUGAUGCUAAUGUACAAACCAGACCCUUACGCAACUUAGUAUCAUAUUUAAAACAAAAAGAAGCGGCUGGUGUUAUUUCACUUCUUAACAAAGAUACAGAGGGAACUGGAGUACUUUAUGCAUUUCCACCUUGUACAUUCUCCACAGAAUUAUUAAAAAGAACCUGUCCAAGUCUUAGUGAAGAGGGACUUAAGGAGGAUCAUCUGGACCAGGAUUACCAGAAGUAGGGAAAAUGGUCACCUAGGGAAUUUAAUGUCGUAAAUAGAGACAAUAAGUUGGGACUUCAGGAAUUAAUAACACAUGAAUAAAUAUUUUGUGGACGCGUAUAGAUUGUGAAAAUGUUAAUAUUAUUAAUUUUGCAUGAUGUACUUAAAUUAUUAAUCUAUAUAGCUCCAUAUAACAUCUUUUUUUUCCUAUAAUAGGGAGUUUUUACUUAUUUUAAUUUUAGAAGUAAAAUCUAAAUAUUUUUUUAGUUAAAUUUCUUUGAGAUUGGCAAAUUCACUAGAAUGCAGUUUUUUUUUUUAUAUUGAUGCAAUCUAAUGGAAACUACUAUAUUGCCGUAGAUUGUAAAUGCAGAAUCAUCCCCACCUAAAUAUAUAAUAUUACUACCUUUCCAUAAAAAGACUGCCAUAAAGAAUAACAGUGCCAUCUAAUGAUGUAAGUAAAAAAUGAUUCUUAAUAUUUUAACCAAUGAAAAAUUUGCACUUUGAUAUAGUAAAUUUUCAAUAAUUUUAUUAAACUUAAUUAUUGUUUUUUUAUAUAAUAAUAUAUAAAAUAAUAUAGUUAAACUUUUUUUAAUAUAAACUUAAAUUUUUAAUUUAAUUUAUAAACAAGCUUUAACCGACAUUUUUGUACCAAUUUUUAUUUUUAUUUUGUUCUAAAAUCUAAAUUCAUAAAUAUAUUAAUAAUAUAUAUAACAAAAUAAAUAUAUAGUAUAAUAUAAAGUAAAUAUAUAGAAUGUUUGGAAAAAGAAAGAAAACUUAAGAGAUAAUUCUAAAGAAUAGAACAGAUAUGAGAUAUAAUUGAUAUACAAAAUAUCUAUCUACCAAUAUUUAUUUUUCAAAUUAGAAGGAAUUUAAUUUUGCAUAAAUAUCGAUAAACAGAAAUAGCUUAGUCUUUGUUUUGCUUUAUUUAGUAUAAAAUUAAAUCUCUUGUAACUUCAAAAAUAAACUUGACAAAAAACAAAAAUUAACAUUUUUAAAUUCCAAUUUUUAUAUUUAUUUUAAUCUAUAGAAUAAUCUCUUAAAUUUUUUCUCAUUAUUUUUCUGUAUAAUUAUAAUUGCACAUUUGUAUUGAAUUUAAAUUUAUAUUACUUCAAUUCCUAAGCAUUCUAUAAAUAUCAACUUCAAUUUUUAAUAACUUAUGCUUUUAUGAAUUUUUAUGGUUUUUAGGAUUUUUAAAAUAUUUGUAAAAAAUGGUGCUAUUACAUUAUAUUUCGUCCAUAUAAAUACAUGACAAUGAUCGACAUGUAUAUCAGAUAUGAUUGCCACUUAUAAAUCAUAACAGCUGGCAAAAUGUAUCAAAUAUACUUAUCGGUAUCAUUUCAAUUGUUCAAGGAUUGUUUUAUUUUUAUGGAUCAGGAUUUUCAGUAGAUAAAUAUUAGAUGUGAUAAUUUCCAAAUUCCAAAUUCAAUAUAGUGGUAAUUAUUUUUGCAAAUAUCUCGAAAAUCGCUGAUCGAUAGUUAGAUAUAUAAAAGAAAAUUGUUCAAAAUCUUUCCUUCUGUAAUAUAUUUCAAAAUCAAAAUUUAUAUAAUAAUUUUGUUAAGUUUAUUCAAUUCAUUUAUAUUUUUUUUUAUUAUAAUUUAUUUUUUUAUUAUUUUUAUCAGAAAUGUAAAUUUUAUUACUUAUUGAUUCAUGCUAAUGCAAAAAUGAAAAAAUUAAAAUAUAGUUUUUUUUCCUUUCUUAAAAUAAUUUACAUUAAAUUUUUUAAAACUUAUUUGUUAUUUGUUAUUUUAACAUUUGUGGCUUUGUGAUAUAAUAGCAAUUGAUAAUUGAAUAUCAUGUAGUUUUCUCAUUUCUAUAUAUAUUAUAUAAUCUUCAGAAUGAUUUGUAUUAUUCAAAAAGUUCUCUUUAAAUUUAUUGCAAUAUAUUUUUCAUUAUGAAUCACAUAUAUUUGUUAUAUAUGAUUUCAGCUUGAUGUUAUAUUACAAAUAAUGAAAGAUACUUUUAUAAAAAUUCUGAUAAUAUUUAAUAUUUAGUAUUUAUUUAUUUUAAAAAAUAUAUUUUUAUUUUUUCAAUAUAAAUAAUAAAUGAUUAUAAUAUAAAGAAAUAUUUGUUUUUGUUUUUUAAUAUCUCUCAUAUAAAUUUUCAUUAAAUUUUCAUUAAAUUUAGCAUAUGCUAGUUAGAUAUUUUUUUGUCAAAUCAAAAUCAUAUAUUUGAAUUUCAUUAGAUUUUAUACAUGAAAUAAUGAAAACAAUCUAAACAAUUAAUUCAAACAGAUAAUAUAAGAUUUCACCUUAUUAAAGAUAUAUAACAAAUAUUGUAUUCUAAUGACAAUUUUCUGAUAUUUAAACAUUUUUUUAUUUAAUGAUGUUGAAUUAAAAAAUAGCAAACUGAUAAAAUUUUCUUUUUUUUUUUUAAUAAACAUCAAUCAAUAAAAUAUAUUAAAUAAUCCAAAUUAUAUUAUUAUAUUAGGACUAAUUUAUCGCGAUUUGCGCAUAUAUAUGUAUAUAUAUGUAUGCAUAAAUAUAUAGCAAUAUUUUUUUCUAAUAUAUUUUACUUUUAAAAUAAUAAGAUUUAUAAACAAAGAAUAAAAUAAAUAAAAUUACAUAUUGUAUAAUAACAAAACUUUAUUAAACAUAGUGUUAACAAUAUUAGGAAAUUUUUUUUUCUACUUUCUUGUUAUUAUGUAAAUUUAUUUUUAUGUUAAACCAUAUUUAACGACAUUCUUAAAUUAAAAAAAAAUGCAUUGCAAGUUUUUUUUUAUACAUAUGCAUUAUUUUUAAUAGAAAAAUAUUUCUAUUAUUAAUUAGUUCAAAAAUGAAAAAAAAAUUUUUAAUCAAUGAGAUGAAAUUGUUCAACAAUAGAGAUUUCUAAAAAGAAAAUAAUUUAUAAAAAAUUAUUUAUUUUAUUUAAGAUUUGAAACUUUCUAAAAAAAAAGGAACUUUUCUUAUAUCAAUAAUUUUCUAAACUUUAAAUAGUUAGUAAUUCGGUGCAAUUGUUUUUGCAAUAAAAAUAUUCUUUCUAUAUAAUAUAUUAUUAUUUAUUUUUUAUAUUUAUUUUAAUAUAUUUUAUUAUUUAUUUUAAUAUAUUUAUUUUUCUUCUAAUUCUAAUAAAUAACUAUAUAAGCUUCAUUUACUCAAAAAAUAAAUAUGUAACAUAUGAAAUAUGAAAAUUUAUAAUUUAUGAUAUAAAAUGUUUGAUAUAACUAGAUUCAGAUAGUUCUUUAAAUAGAUAGAAAAUAAUUUUAUGCAUAAUACAUAUUUAUUCUGAAAGAUGUUUUGAAAAUUUAAAAAUUAUUUUUAUUUGUUUUAAAUACAACUCUAAAUUUUAUUAUUUGAAUUUUAAUUAAAAUAGAUACCAUUUAAAUCCAUGAUUUUUUUUCAAUGGGAUUCUAAUGAAAAAAUACUUUUUUUGAAAAAGUUUAAAAAAAAAAGUAAUAGAUUUUUUGAAGACUUAAAUUAUAAAAGUUCUGUUUCUAAAGAUUUUUUAAUGCAAAAAUGAAAAUCUGUUGAAGAGAAUAGAAAGAAUGGAAGAGAUGAGAAAGAAUUUUGUAACCUAAUUUAUGAAAGUUUCUGUAUAUUUCUGCAUUUUUCUAUAUAAAUAAUUUAUAAAGAAAAAAAAUUUGAAUUUAAAGAAUAAUGAAUAUAUUGAAAAUAGCUUGAUUAAAAAAUUAAAAAUUUAUUAAAAAUUUAUUAUCUUUUCUAGCAGAAUAUAAUAAACUUUUCAAACAUACUAAAUUUACAAUCAAAUAAUUAAAUAAAUCUCCAACCAACCGAACUAAUACUUAAAUAUUGAAUAUAUACAAAUUUAACAUUUCAUGUGACAUAAUCUAAUACGAAAGAAUUAUUAUUUUAAAUAUAAAAUUUCUCAAAAUAUAAAUUUCUUUAAUUUUUUAAUUUUUUAAAUCAUUUAUUUUAUUGUAUAUAUAUAACAAACAUUGAACUACUUUUUUUAUUAAUAAUGUAUAGAUAAAAAAAAAUAUAAUAUAAAAUAUUUAAUGCUUAAUAUUAAUAAAAUAAAUAAUUAAAAAAAAUUUUUUUAAAUUCAUAUUUUAAGAAUUUUAACAUUUAUACAUUUAUUUUAAAAUAUAUAUUUUAUAUGUAUAUAAUAUUAUAUAUUUUGUAUAUUUUGUAUGUAAUGUAUGUAAUGUAUGUAGCAAUAAUAAUUUUUUUAAAUUUUAAAUAUAAAAAUAAUAAUUUUCAAAAUGUGUACAUAUAGAAAAAUAAGAAUUUACAAAAUAUAUAUAUUACAAAAAAGAUUUUUUAUUAAAAGAUAAAGAUAAAAUAAUAAUGAUUAUAUAAUGACCAUAUAAUAAUGAUAUCAAUGACAUACUAUAAAUAUAUCAAUUUAUACAUUUCUAUUUAUUUGUUAAAAUUAUUUCUAAAAAAAAAUAUGAAAUUAAAGAUUCAUCAAUAUAUAUCUCAACACAAAUAUUUUUAUUAAAAAUUAUUUUCAAAGAAAAAAAUAAUUAUUAAUAAGAAAAAUUAAUUUUCAUGAAAAAUGUGCAAUACAUAAUAAACAAAAUAAUUAACAUACUUAUGAGUUUUUUUCUUAAAAUAUUCUUUUUAAAAUUUUUAAUGCAUAUAUAAAAUAUAUAUUAUAUAUACAUACAAAUAUAUAUAAAUAAAUAUAAAUAUAUAUUCAUUAUAUUUAAUAUGAAUAUGAAAUAAUUAAAAAAAUAAUUUUUUUAGUAAAUAGAAAAAAUCAAACAGGGAACAUCAUUCUAUAACAUUAAUUAUAAUAUAUUAAUUCUAAUAAAAUUUUAUAUAUAAAAAUUUUAUAUAUAUAAAUAGAAAUGUAGGAAUUCUAUUUUUCUUGCUGGUAAUUUUAGAAAAUAAUGUAAAAAUAAAAGUAAAAAUAAUGUUUAAAAAUGUAAUGUAAUGUAAUAUUAAGAACUAAAAAAUUAUAAUUUAGAAAUGAAUUGUAUAAUUAAAAAAUGAAUUGUAAUUUUAUAUUUAUUUUGAAUUUUAGAUUUAGAUUUUAAAAAAUAUAAAAUUUUUUGGUCUUUCACUUAAAAAAUUACAAUUUUGUGGUUGUAUUAUUAUUCUGAAUAAUGUAAGUAUAUAAUAUAAUAGAUAAUAUAAUAAUAUAAUAGAAUUUUUUUAAUUUUUAACAAAUUUUUACUUAUUAUAAUUAAAAAAAAACUAGCUAUCAUUAUUUAUUUUUUAUUUUGAUAAUGUUUUAGAAGUAUUAUUUUUAACAAUACUAUUUUCAAUUAUGAUAGUAGAAAAAAAAAGAUUUAGAAGAAGAGAUUUGCUAUAAAAAUUAAAUAAAAGAUAUUAUAUAACAAUUAAAUAUGACAAAAAAGCAUUGCAAAUAUAUAUAUAUUAUUAUAUAUUAUUAUUAUUUAAUAUCGAUGUUUUUACUUUUACGUAUCAUUCUAUCGAAUGAUAUAUAUUGCAUAUUUUAAUAUCGAUAUCAAUAUCAAUUCAUUCAUACUAAUCAUAUAUCAGCUUCACACCUGUGAAAUAACUUUAUAUAAGAUUGACACAAGCAAACGUGCAAUUUUUUAGCGCCAUCUAGCGAAAAUUUUUUAAUAUUUCCUGUGAAUAUUAAUAUUCAUAUAAUAUAUAUAUUAAUAUUUUUAAAGAAAAUAUUGCUAUAAAAUGAUUUUAUAAUAUUUAUCUAACAAUAAAAAUAAAAAUUUGUUCAAUGUAUUAAUUAAUGAAAAAUUUUUAUAGAGUAUAUUAUCUUAUAAUGAUUAAAACUUUUCGUUUUUAUUGUACAUAUAUUUAAGUUUUAUUAAAUUUCUAGUUUAUUUAAUUCUAGUUUAUUUUUUAAAAACUAAAAAUAAUUAUUAAAGGUAAUAUUAAUAUCUAUAAUUUUAAUCAUUUUUAAUUAUAUACUUAUAAAUUUAAGAAAAAUUAUAAUUAAUGUGAAAUUAUAAUGAAAUAUAAAAAAAAAAUGAUACUUUAUUUUAUAAUAUUAAUAUUAAUAAAUGUAAUGUAAAAUUAUAUAACUAUAUAUUAUUUCAAAGAAAUUUUUUUUCCUUUCAAUAUAUUAUAUAUAUUCAAUUAUAUAUAAUUCCUUUUUAAAUUAUUUUACUAAUUAAAUUUUACGUUACUUUAUAAAUUCAAAUAGCAUAAUUAUUUAUUAACAUGAAUAUUUAUUAUAAUAAUUUAUUAUUAAAUUUUUGUGCUUAUUAAAUAAAAUAUAAUUAUGCUAUAAUAUAAAAUAUGAUUAUUCUAAAAGAUAUUAUUCUAAAAAAAACAUCUUUAUUUUGCAAAUAUUUAUAAAAUCUUAAUUACAGUAUUUCUAAGAGACAAAAUUCAUAAAAUUUAAUGAACUUUCUAUAUGCAUAUGAAACGUUCAAUAUCAUAUAUAGUUACAUAAAAUAUACUUCAUUAAAAUAGAAUAUCGUAGUGAAAUUUAAUAAAAUAUAAUUACAAAAAAUUUAUUAAUAUUCAUUUUCUUAUUGCUUGUUUUCAAGAUUUUACUUGUGUAUAUAACCUUAAAAUUAUAACUUUAAAAAAGCAUCCAAUUCUAAAUAAUAAUUUUAAACAUAUUUUUAAUGUUUUUUGUCACAUAUUCUUAAUCAAAAUUAGUUUUUCAAUUUUUAAAAUUAUUUGAUUUUUAUUUUUAUUAAUCUUAUUGUUUUCUUUCUUCUGUUAUAUCAUUAGUAAUAUAAUGUAAUAUUAAACAGCAAAUAGAAAAAAAAUAUCAAUUUUAAUUCAUUAAUUAUUAUUUCUAUAGAAAAUAUAAAUGAUAAAAAAUUUGACAAUAUUUUUUAUAAUAAAUUUUAUAAUAAAUUUGGGUCCCUUUAAUUAAAAUGUAAUAUUAUAUUAUACAUAAUUUCAAAAAGGGAUUCAUUAAAUGCAUAUUAUAUCAUAUAUAGUAUCUCAUAUCAUAUUAUGCAUAAUAAAAAAAAAAAAACAAAAAAGAAAAAUUUU